AUGCGUAAAUGUUUGAUCGGGAAAGGCAACGCUCUGCCACCUGCAGCGAAGGGCGUCAUCUGUGACAUCGACUUGGGAAACACGAGGCCCGUCGCACAACGCGUCCGGACCCCUCAGCGCGUGUAUGAUCCGCGCGUCGAAGUCACAUUGAGUGUCGUCAUCGUGAAGAAGAAUAGCGUCGACAUUAGACUCUGCUUCGAUUACCGGUUCAUCAACGGGUUGACCAAAUUGGUGGUAUACCCGAUGCCACUGGCCACGGACCUCCUAGAAGACUUGGUUAAGUACCGGUGGUACUGUUCCUUACAUAUGACCAGCGAAUUUGGGGUAGUUCCGAUGACAGACCAAGCCCGUCUUGUCUCCGCGUUCAUUACGCCAUUCGGACUGUUCGAGUGGCUGCGUAUGUCAUUCGAUACCCGCGAUGUUUUCAAGGACGGGAUCCCGCCAAAGCCUGGAACGCGGUCCGUGGAACGUCACCUCGACGUUUGUGAGGAGUGGCAACUGUCGAUCAGUGUCGGGAAGAGCGAAUGGGGGAUAUCAAGAGUGGAUUAUUCGGUGCACGAGGGUUCAGAAAACGGACUCGGGGCGAAGCCAAAUAACUUGGAAGCACUAUCUAAAUUACUACCGCCGCUUUACCCCAGAAUUCGUGAUCUUUGCGACCGCGCUCUACUCCCUCUCAGCCGCGAUUUUGAAGAACGCGUCACGAAUCCGGAUACGUGUGACGUGGAAAAAUCGGACUACGCGGAACGCGCGUUCGUGACACUUCGCAGCAAGAUCGCGGCUACCUCGAUGCUAAAGCACUUCGGCGCGGAUAGACAACUAGUGGUGAUUGUGUAUGCGACUGAUUGGGCCGUCCUCACUCAAGAGCAUGACGGAGUAUAUAUGCCCAUCAAGUUCACAACCCGGACGUUGAAGCCAAAGGAGCUGAACUACAACAUCACCGAGAAAGAGAUCCUAGUGUUGUUGUGCGUCUUGAACGAGUGCCACAAAAUGUUGGUGGGAAAGACGAUACUUACCUUGACCCAACAUACAACCUAUUCUGGUCUAAAGGACUGUCGUUUAUCGCAAUGGGCCGCCAUCCUCUCCUCCCCGGCGAAUGGAAAUCCUCCGAUCGGCGAAAGGGAAGGAAUAGCUUUGGCCGCGAGCUUCACGCCGAGAGCCUACGUUGAUUCCGUAUUGGGAGAUAUCACGCCCCGAAAAUGCCCGUAUAAGACGGCCCCGACUCCGGUCCCGAAAAUCGGACCGACCGAAAGCCUUCACGUGAUCAGCUUCGAUGAAUCGACCCCGGUCAAACACGAGGGCGGAGCGUUCAGCGCCGUAGUCUGGCAACUACCGAACUAG